AUGACACCUUUGAUGUCUGAAAAUAUGCUUGACAUAAGCUUUCAGUAAAUGCUGUAUUUAUGCGUCUUUACAUUUUGUUUAUUUCACCCUCCUAUUACAGAAAUUCAUGCCACAGGUUUCAAUUACCAGAAUGAAGAUGAGAAGGUGACCUUGUCUUUUCCAAGCCCCCUACAAAAGGGUACAGGGAUGUUGAAAAUAGAUUUUGUCGGCGAGUUGAAUGAUAAAAUGAAAGGCUUCUAUCGAAGUAAAUACAAUACAGCUUCUGGAGAGGUGCGCUAUGCUGCAGUCACUCAGUUUGAGGCCACAGAUGCACGAAGAGCUUUCCCCUGCUGGGAUGAGCCUGCUAUCAAAGCAACCUUUGAUGUUACUCUCAUUGUCCCGAAGGACAGGGUAGCUUUGUCAAAUAUGAAUCUAACUGAGCGCAAGCCAUACCCUGAUGACAAUAACUUGGUGGAAGUCAAAAUUUGCUCGCACGCCAAUAAUGUCAACCUACCUUUUGGCCUUCGUGGUGGGAGAGUACGACUUUGUGGAAACACGUUCUACAGAUGGAAUCCUGGUCCGUGUUUACACUCCAGUUGGAAAAGCGGAACAGGGAAAGUUUGCUUUGGAGGUUGCUGCUAAAACUCUGCCUUUCUAUAAGGAUUACUUCAAUGUGCCCUACCCACUUCCCAAGAUUGACCUCAUCGCCAUUGCAGACUUUGCAGCUGGAGCCAUGGAAAACUGGGGCCUGGUCACAUACAGGGAGACGGCUCUGCUUAUUGAUCCCAAGAACUCUUGCUCUUCCUCCCGACAGUGGGUGGCACUAGUUGUUGGUCAUGAACUGGCACACCAGUGGUUCGGUAAUCUAGUCACCAUGGAAUGGUGGACCCAUUUAUGGCUGAAUGAAGGCUUUGCUUCCUGGAUUGAAUACCUCUGUGUGGACCACUGCUUCCCAGAAUAUGACAUAUGGACACAGUUUGUCUCUGCGGAUUAUACUCGUGCUCAAGAACUGGAUGCACUGGAUAACAGCCAUCCGAUAGAGGUCUGUGUUGGACACCCCUCUGAAGUGGAUGAAAUAUUUGAUGCCAUAUCAUAUAGCAAAGGUGCAUCAGUGAUCCGUAUGCUCCAUGACUACAUUGGAGAUGAGGAUUUCCGUAGGGGCAUGAACCAAUACCUCACUAAAUUCCAGGAAAAAAAUGCUGCCACAGAGGAUCUAUGGGAAUCUCUAGAGCAGGCCAGUGGGAAGCCAAUCGCUGCUGUUAUGAGCACCUGGACCAAACAGAUGGGUUUCCCCUUAAUAUACGUGGAGUCGGAACAGAAGGAAGACUCCAGGACCUUAACGCUGUCUCAGAAGAAAUUUUGUGCCAGUGGUCCUCACCAUGGUGAGGAGAGUCCUCAGUGGAUGGUACCGAUCAGCAUCUGCACCAGUGAAUCCCCGGCCUCUGCUAAGUUAAGAUUACUUAUGGACAAGCCAGAGAUGACAGUUGUGCUAGAAGGAGUGACCUCAGACCAGUGGGUGAAGUUAAAUCCAGGAACUGUUGGCUUCUAUCGUACCCAGUACAGUCCUUCUAUGCUGGAGAGUUUGCUGCCUGGAAUUAGAGACCUCUCCCUGCAGCCUGUAGACAGGCUUGGGCUUCAGAACGACCUUUUUUUUAUGGCUCGAGCAGGCAUUAUCAGCACGGUUGAAGUUCUAAAAGUCAUGGAGGCCUUUGUGAAUGAGCCCAAUUAUACUGUGUGGAGUGACUUAAGUUGUAAUUUAGGGAUUCUCUCCACGCUGUUAUCUCACACACAGUUUCAUGAGGAAAUUCAAGGCUUCAUCAGAGAUGUUUUUUCACCUAUUGGGCAGCGUUUGGGCUGGGACCCCAAACCAGGGGAGGGACAUCUGGACGCUUUGCUGCGAGGCCUAGUAUUAGGGAAGUUAGGAAAGGCUGGCCAUAAACCUACCCUGGAGGAAGCUCGCCGUAGGUUUAAGGACCAUGUUGAAGGAAAGAACACAUUAAGUGCUGAUCUCCGAAGCCCGGUUUAUGUAACUGUUCUGAAGCAUGGAGACAGCACAACGUUGGAUACGAUGUUAAAGCUCCACAAACAAGCUGACAUGCAAGAAGAAAGAAAUAGGAUUGAGCGGGUUCUAGGAGCCAUUUGUUCCACAGAGUUAAUCCAGAAGGUGCUAAAUUUCUCCCUUUCGGAAGAGGUACGUCCACAAGAUACAGUAUCUGUAAUUGGAGGGGUUGCAGGGGCUAGUAAGCAAGGUAGAAAGGCAGCAUGGACUUUUGUGAAGGAAAACUGGGAAGAACUACAUAACCGGUACCAAGGUGGCUUUCUUAUCUCCCGACUGAUAAAACUUUCCGUGGAUGGUUUUGCAAGUGAAAAAAUGGCUGCAGAAGUUAAGGCAUUUUUUGAAGCUCAUCCAGCGCCCUCUGCAGAGCGAACGGUGCAACAGUGCUGUGAAAAUAUAGUCUUGAAUGCUGCCUGGCUGAAGAGAGAUGGUGAUGCCAUGCACCAGUAUCUACUGCUGCGCAAGUCGCCUUCAUCUGCUGUGUGA